UAAUAUAUAUAUAUAUAUAUAUAUAGGGAUUUCCUUGAACAUGUCGAUUGAAAGCAAAAGCCAAACAAUUCACUUUAAAUACACAGAAUACGACUCAUUCAUUACACAUUAUUCAACGCAACAAAGCAUAUGAGUGCAUGGCAUCAUGAUGCAAAUAAAGCUAGUGAGGCUCCUUGACAUGAAGUCACAUAUAACUUGAGCUUCCCUUCUAUUAUCUCUGGGUGGACAUGCUUUCUUCUUCUUCUUCUUCUACUUCUUCUCUCUCAAAUCAUUCACAAAACGAGAUCAUGGUGAAAACAAGGAGUCCUUUGUUAGCAGUACUGCAUUGUGUUGCAGUGGUGCCACUUAUAUUAGUGAGCAUUGCAGAAAUUGUUCAUGCAGGUGGCAAUGCAGGCCUGUCAUAUGACUUUUACCAGCAAACAUGUCCACAAGUUGAAAGCAUUGUGAGAAAAACACUACUCCCUGUCUUCAUGUCUGAUCCCCGGUCUCCGGCCGCCUUUCUCCGACUUUUCUUCCAUGACUGUAUAGUCCAGGGUUGUGAUGCAUCAAUUCUAUUGGACAACAACAGUGGAGAGAUGGCAUCUGGCAAGAAUUUCGGUAUAAGGAACAGAGAAUUAAUCCAGAUGAUGAACUCUUUGCUAGAAGUGCAUUGUCCUGGUGUAGUUUCUUGUGCUGAUAUCAUAGCAUUGGCGGCGAAGGAGGCGGUAGCAUUCUCCGGCGGACCGUGUUUCGACAUACCUCUAGGCCGAAAAGAUGCUACUGUUUCAAGCUUCUUGCGAGCGGACGCCAAACUCCCUUCGCCAAAAGAUGGAGUAGAUAGAACACUAGAGAUAUUUUCAUCUAAAGGCAUGAGCAUUGAGGAAUCUGUGGCCAUUCUAGGAGCACACAGCAUUGGAGUUGGUCAUUGUUUGAGCAUAGUGCACAGGUUGUAUGAUAGGAAGGAGAGGCAUAGAGAUUAUAACAUGGACCAUGGAUUUGAAAUCAUGCUGAGAUUGAAGUGUCCCUAUAAAGUGCCAUUAAGCAAUGAGACCUUUGUGGCUAAUGAUCUCACAUCCUUGAUCUUUGACAACCAGUACUACAAGGACAUAGUGAGUGGCAGAGGGUUGUUUACUGUUGAUUCAGAGAUUGCUUUAGAUCCCAGAACUGCUUCUUUUGUGAAGAUGUUUGCAGAGGAUCAAGAGUACUUCUUUAGAUCAUUCUCCAUGGCCUUUGUAAGGCUUUCUUCAUCAGUGGUUCUCAGUACUGGGGAGAUAAGGAGAGUGUGUAACAGAGUGAAUGCAUAUUAAAGUGUUCAAUUUGUAACUCAUAAAAAGAGUUGUUGAAAACUCCUACCAACUUCAAAGCUUUGUAACUUACUAUGAUCCUGUAACAUCUCUCAACAUCAAGGCUUUCAUAUAAAGGAGUUGGGAGUUUCUUUAACUAUUACAAUUAAAUGCACAAGUGAGUCACUGUUCAACUUCAAUGUACAAUUCCACAGGAGCAAAAAAGAAAUGAAGGAAAAAAAAAA